AUGAGCAGUGCUCCGAACGGCGAUGAUGCCGCGCGGAACGGCUUCUACGACGACAAACCUCUGUUGGAGCUCUAUGUUAAGGUAGGUUUUUCUGUUUUGAUCUGUGGUUUUAGGUAUCAAAUUUCUAUUGGUCACUUUUAAUUUGACAAGGAAGGGUAAAAGUUUUUUUAUGCAAAGUUUAAGUAUUUUGAUAUUGUUUUGAAACCUGUGUUCAUGAUUUAUUCCGUUUAACCGUUUAACAACAUUAUUUUAGGCAUCAGGAAUCGACAGCCGCCGGAUAGGUGCAGAUUUGUUCUGCCAAGAGUUUUGGAUGGAAUUAUAUGCUCUAUACGAAGUUGGUGUAGUUCGAGUUGAAGUAAAAACAGUGAAAGUGAAUUCAGAAGCCUUCAAGAAGAACUUUUUGGGAGCACAGCCACCAAUCAUGGUCGAGAGCAGUAAAGGUGUUACCCACUCCGAUAACAGAGAUAUUGAAGGCAGAAUCUUCCAUUUGGCUAAACAAUUUCAUGUUUCCUUGUUUGAGAAAGACCUUACGGUAGAGAAGACAAUUCAGAACUUGUACAGAGUAAGUUUUUCGAUGAUAUAUUGAGAUUAUAUUGUACAUGAAUGAAAAGACUAAUUUUUAAUAUUGCUCACAUUUUAUGUAGUACUUUAAUAAAAUGUCGUAAUUUAAUUAAAAAAGUUUUAUAAUUAGGUAAUAAUAUUAUUUUUCAAACAAAGAAAGUAAGACAAUGUUAUUUUUCAGAACUUCAAAGUAUUCCUUCAAGCCAAAGUAGGCCACGAUCGACAACUACGACAAGUGACCCUAAUCCAAGACCUACCAACCAACGUCCUUGUAACAUAUAACAAACUAAUCGAACAGUUAACAGCCAUCAACAACCUUUUGGCCGAGCGAAAAUCACGGUAUCUUGCUGGAGAUACGAUGACAGAAUACGAUUGCGAAUUGAUGCCUCGAUUACACCAUGUGAAGAUUGUGGGCCAACUUCUGCUCGGCUUCGAGAUCCCUUCUGACCUUACUCACCUAUGGAGCUACAUCUUAACCGCCUACAGGACAGCUGCCUUCAUUGAAUCGUGUCCUGCUGACCAAGACGUUCUACAUCACUACAAAGAACAACUAAAGCUACAAACGAAUCAACGCGAAACCCUACAAACACCCACAAAGUCGUUCGGUAUACCUCAGAACGUUCUAGACGAGAUCCGGAGUCUGGGAAUCAACUAA